AUGACAAGUGUGUUACUUGGGCAGCAACUCGCCUCUGACGGCGAAUCGACUCACCCAAAGGCCGCAGAGGCGGUGUCAAAAGACUUCUACAUUGACGAUCUGCUUACGGGAGUAGCAUCGGAAGAAGAAGGUGUUGAACUUUGCCGAGAGCUGAUUGAUCUCUUGCAGUCGGCUGGAUUUAAGUUGCAUAAAUGGGCAUCCAACAGUUCGGCUAUUCUACAGCAUAUUCCAGCAGAGUUUCGAGAAGAUCGAAGUCUGGUGGAGCUCGAUUCGUCAUCCUCGCCUGUGAAAACCUUGGGGCUGCUCUGGCAGCCAGACGAAGAUGUCUUCCGCUUCAAAAUACCCACUUGGACCCAGGACGCUGCUAUUUCCAAACGAUUGGUGCUUUCUGAGGCAGCACGGUUAUUCGACCCUCUCGGCCUGUUGGGGCCAGUGGUACUACGCUCGAAACUCUUCAUGCAGGAAUUAUGGAAAGCGAAGGUUUCCUGGGACAAUCCACUCAACGAUCGCCAACAGCAAUUCUGGGAAUCCUUCCGAAAUGAUCUCGAAAUUCUCGACGAGUUUACCGUUCCACGGUGGGCGGCAUCCUGUAACGAUCCAGUCUACGUAGAGCUGCAUGGGUUCAGUGACGCCUCCGAACGCGCAUACGGCGCGUGCAUCUACCUCCGCACAGUUUCGUCUAGCGGAAUCGUCUCGGUUCAUCUGCUUACAGCUAAGUCAAAAGUGGCUCCGACGGGAACCGAGAAAUUUGGUUCAACUAUUCGCUUACCGCGUUUAGAACUUUGUGGUGCUAUCCUACUCAGCCAUUUGUUCGAAAAAGUGGAAACCAGUCUUCGUAUUCAAGCCCGUUCUUUCUUCUGGACGGAUUCAACUAUUGUUGUCCACUGGUUGUCCGCUUCACCGUCUCGUUGGAAAACUUUUGUUGGCAACCGGGUGGCUGAAAUUCAGCAAAUCACCGCUGCUGGAAGCUGGAGACACGUUCCAGGCAUCGAUAACCCAGCAGAUGUCAUAUCCCGGGGAAUGUCUGCAACGGAGCUUGUAGACCACAUGCUGUGGUGGCAGGGACCACAGUGGUUGCAGCAUCCCAACCGGUUCUGGCCCGCGUUAGUCAAAACCUCCGACGAUCACUUCAGUUCAGAGCAACUCCAGGAUAAACCCACGGUUUCGCUGCCUACAGUCGUCCAAAGUUCAAUAUUCGCCCUGAAAUCGUCUCUCUCCAGUCUAGUCAGAUUGGUAGCCUACAUACAGAGAUUCUGCUACAAUUCGAAGAUACGUAAUGUGCCUAGCCGCAGAUCCGGAGCCUUAACCACAGCAGAGUUGGACGAAGCGUUGUGUAGUUUGGCCAAACUUGCUCAACAGGAAUCGUUUCCGGAAGACCUGCAUUCUAUCCGCACCACUGGUCAAGUGAAGUCAACGUCGAAGCUGAAAACUCUGUCUCCAGUUCUCGUCAAUGGUAUUCUUCGCACUAGAGGACGUCUCAACAAUGCAGCUGUCCCGUACGCUCAGAAGCAACCUAUAAUCUUGGACAACAAGCAUCCGUUCACGCUGUUAGUCGUUCGUCACUACCACCUUCGUCAACUACAUGCUGGACCGACUCUCCUGAUAGCAAGCGUUCGUGCGAAGUUCUGGCCUCUCCGGUUACGUGAUGUCGUGAGAAAGGUUACGCACGAGUGCGUUACCUGUUUUCGAAAUCGGCCAAGUUUCGCAGAACAAAUAAUGGCAGACUUGCCACCAGUUCGGGUAUCGCCAGCGUUGCCGUUCCUGAACGCUGGGGUGGAUUUCUGUCUAUCAACCAAGGCAGUACACCUAGAGUUGGUAGGCAAUUUGUCAACCGACUCGUUUAUCGCUUCCCUGAAGAGGUUUGCUGCUCGCCGAGGAGUUCCGCAGACCAUUUACUGCGACAAUGCGACAAACUUUGUCGGCGCUCGCCGAAUACUGAACGAGUUCCUGAAUCUGUUUCGGACCCAGCAGAAUCGCGUGGAUAUCGAACGACAAUGCUCCGCUGAGGGCAUUCAGUUCUCGUUUAUUCCUCCGAGAUCGCCGCACUUCGGGGGAAUCUGGGAAGCAGCGGUUAAAUCCCUUAAGACCCAUCUCCGUCGCACACUUGCAAACGCAAUGGUGACACCCGAGCAGUUCCACACAGUGCUUACGCAGACCGAGGCACUGUUCAACUCUCGACCGUUAACGCAGCUCAGCAAUUCCCCAGAAGACUUGGACGUCCUCACGCCAGGUCAUUUUCUGGUACAUCGACCGCUGACUGCAAUCCCGGAGCCCUCAUACGAAGAAGUUCCUUGCAACCGGCUUUCUCAAUGGCAGAUGACACAGGAGUUCGUCCGCCGCUUGUGGAAGCGAUGGUCCACCGAAUACCUAUCGGGACUGCAACAGCGAACCCGAUGGACACACGAGCGAAACAACAUUCGCGUUGGAACUAUGGUUCUAGUUCGCGAUGACAAUCUGCCACCGCAGAAGUGGCGUUUCGGCCGCGUAAUUGAAACGUUCCCUGGAAACGACGGACUCAUCCGGGUCGUCAACAUCCGAACUAAGGACGGCAUCUUCAAGAGAGCCAUCACACGCGUGUGCGUUCUACCGAUUCCCGACAACCUACCCGAGGACCAGGAAGCAGCGUAG